AUGGGUUUGUCGAACGAUCAGAGACCAUUACUUGGAGGGGAUAGUUUAACAUGUUGGAACAAGAAACAAUCUGGCAUUAAAAGAAAUUUGUCUUACUUGCUCAAUAUUAUAACCAUUGCUAUCAUUGCAUAUUUGUGCAUAUUUGCAAAACACUCUGAUAGCGAUGAAAAUACUGGACCAUCAUUGAAUCCUCAUAAGAAAAAGAAUAUUAUCAUGAUGGUGACCGAUGGUAUGGGACCAGCAAGUUUAUCCGCCGCUAGAUCAUUUAGACAAUUUAGAGACAAAUUAGCCAUCAAUGAUAUUUUGACUCUUGAUAAAUAUCUUAUUGGUUCUUCUCGUACAAGAUCUUCGAGCAGUUUAGUUACGGACUCUGCUGCUGGUGCUACCGCGUUUUCUUGUGCUUUGAAAUCAUACAACGGUGCAAUUGGUGUAACACCAGACAAAACUCCGUGUGGUACUGUUUUAGAAGCCUUAAAACUACAAGGUUACUACACUGGUUUAGUGGUCACUACUAGAAUAACCGAUGCCACCCCUGCUGCAUUUAGUUCCCACGUUGAUUACAGAUUUCAGGAAGAUUUGAUUGCUGAACAUCAAUUAGGUGAAUACCCAUUUGGAAGAGCAGUAGAUCUUAUUUUAGGUGGAGGAAGAUGCCACUUUUUACCAACUUCGGAAGGUGGCUGUCGUGCCGAUAAAAGAAAUUUGAUUAAAGAGUACAGUGAUAAAUGGCAGUAUGUCGGUGAUAGAGUGCUGUUUGAUCAAUUACAGGGAGGGAAAAACGUGUCGUUGCCAUUAUUGGGUUUGUUAGCAAACACAGACAUCCCCUAUGAUAUUGAACGUAAGAAUUCAGAAUACCCGUCAUUAGCUGAACAAGUUCAAGUUGCAUUAACAGCUUUAUCAGAGGCCACCAAGGACUCAGAACAAGGGUUCUUUUUGUUGAUUGAAGGCUCUAGAAUUGACCAUGCAUCACAUCAUAAUGAUCCUGCCGCACAUGUAAGAGAGGUUUUAGCUUAUGACAAAGCAUUUGCCGAAGUCAUUAAAUUUAUCGACAACACCGAGACCGAAACAGUUGCAAUUUCAACCAGUGACCAUGAAACUGGUGGUUUAGUUGUUGCCAGACAAGUUUCUAAGCUGUAUCCAGAUUAUUUGUGGUAUCCGGAAGUGUUAUUAAAUAGUACGCAUUCAGGGGACUACUUGUCUCACAAGGUGGCAGCUUACAAAGAGAAAGACAAUACUAAGAAGUUCACAAAUUUUAUCAAACAUGAAAUCUUAGAAAAAGAUUUGGGUAUCAGUGACUACACAGCUAAUGACGUCGAUUUAAUAAUCCAAAACGCAAACAAUGCUGGAGAGUUACUUUACAUAUUGAAUAAUAUUGUUUCAAUCAGAGCUCAAAUUGGAUGGACUACUCAUGGCCACUCUGCCGUAGAUGUCAACAUUUAUGCUCACACAAACUCUCCUGCAAUUAAGUCGAAAUUGUUAUCACACAAAGCUUAUGACGGAUUAUCUGGGAAUCACGAGAAUAUUGAAAUAGGAGCAUUCAUUGAGUCUAUCACUGGGUCAAAUUUGAACCAAGUAACCCAAUUGAUCAAGGAAACAGAGCAUUCUCCAGCCCAGAAUAAUGCAAAAGUGGAUGACGUCUACCAUGCCAAUGUAUUGUAA